AUGGCUUGUGCAUCAGAAGCCAACAACAGUCAUCAUAUCAGAUCGAUUAGCUUGCCUUCAAGAUCACAUCCAAAUAUAGUUGAAAUUGAUGAGGAGCUUAGGAAGCUCAAAACCCGCGAUGUAUCAUCAUCUUGUAAUGCAUCUGCGGUCUCCAGUGACCUAUUGACACUUGAAGGUCUGUAUAAGUGUAUUGCUGAUCUUCUAAACUUGCAACUUACGCAACAAGCCCUUUCUAACCAUCGCCAAGAGAAAUGGGUUGAUGAGUUGUUGGAUGGAUCUGUGAGGCUUUUAGAUAUAUGUGGCACCACAAGGGACUUCACGUCGCAGAUUAAAGAACACGUUGUGGAUCUUCAAUCUGCGAUAAGAAGAAAGAAGGGAGACUUGACCCUUGCCACCAGCAUAUCAAAAUUUAAUUCAUUCAGAAGAAAGAUGAAAAAACAAGCUAGAAAAUUGAUUGCAGAUUUAAAGCAGGUGGAUAUCAAAAUCACAUGCUCAGCAAUCUUCGACUUAGAUUACCACUUGUCAGAGGUGAUCAGAGUACUAAAGGAAGUUAGCUCAGUGGCCAUAUCAGUUUUCCAGUCCCUCCUGUUGUUCUUUUCUUCACCAGUUUCCAAAUCCAAGUCAACUAAAUGGUCAUUAGUUUCAAAAUUAAUACAAAAGGGAACUGUAACCUGUGAAGAGCAACUCCAAAACAAGAAUGAGUUGGAAAAAGUUGAUUCUGCACUAGACUCAUAUGAUUCGUGUGAAAGUGAAAAGAUUGAAAUCGCGCAAGAAAGGCUAAAGGCACUCCAUGAUGGCAUUGAACUCGUUGAAUCUGCAAGCGAGUGCAUGUCCAGAAGAUUGAUUAGAACAAGAGCAUCUUUUCUAAAUAUCAUCUCCAGCUUAUAG